AUGGAGGAGUCCUCACCAAGGAUUCGUCCCUACCUGGAUUGCUGGGACCAGAACGAAGACAAGUAUUCGGUGGCGAACAGCCAAGCGCCGUUGCAAGCUGGCGAGGACGAACACCCCGAGCGUGGAACAUGGACGGGGAAAUUCGACUUCCUGUUGUCACUUCUCGGAUACAGCGUCGGACUUGGCAAUGUCUGGCGGUUCCCUUACCUGUGCUACUCGAACGGAGGCGGCGCGUUUCUAAUACCGUUCACGGUGAUGCUCAUAAUCGCCGGACUGCCUUUGAUGUUCAUGGAGCUUUCCUUAGGCCAGUACGCGAGCCUUGGCCCGGUGGCGGCUUACAAACGGUUCUGCCCCCUUCUGCGCGGAUUGGGAUACGGAAUGGUCCUGGUCAGUUCCGUGGUGAUGCUUUAUUACAACCUGAUCAUCGCUUGGACGCUUUAUUACAUCUUCGUCUCCAUCAGUGGUGGUAAACUGCCGUGGAGCAGGUGCGAGCCGCCAUGGAGCACGGAUGAUUGUUUUAUGCCGGAGGCUGCGGAAGCGUGCACGUCCCAGAACAUGACUUACUUUAAAGGGAGAUGCUUGAACUCUACCCAAAUGGCUUCCAUGGGCCUGACUAUCGAAAACAUCACUAGCGCGAUUAGGAAACCACCGGCUGAGGAAUAUUUCAACAAUCACGUGUUGGGGAUGAGUAGCGCGAUCGAGGAAACGGGUUCCAUUCGACCCUCGAUGGCAAUAAACCUCCUUCUAGCGUGGGUCAUCGUCUUCCUCUGUCUGAGCAAAGGCGUUCAGAGCUCCGGGAAGGUCGUGUACUUCACUGCUCUCUUCCCGUACGUCGUUCUGAUCGCUCUUUUCAUUCGAGGCAUUCUGCUUCCUGGUGCCAAGGAGGGCAUUCUCUUUUAUCUGACGCCCGAUUGGAGGCGACUAAUGUCCGCGAAAGUGUGGAGCGACGCCGCGGUCCAGAUCUUUUUCGCCCUUAGCCCCGCCUGGGGCGGUCUGAUCACGCUCAGUUCUUACAACAAGUUCAACAACAAUUGUUACAAAGACUCGUUGAUCGUCGCCGUGAGCAACAUCGGGACAUCGUUGUUCGCCGGUUUCGUGAUAUUCUCGGUGAUCGGAUUCCUGGCUCACGAGCUCGACGUUCCGGUCGCCUCUGUCGUCGAUCAAGGCGCUGGACUGGCAUUCAUCGUGUAUCCUGACGUAGUAGCUCGUUUACCGGUCGCACCGGUCUGGUCACUGCUUUUCUUCGUGAUGCUUCUCACCCUGGGCCUCGACUCGCAAUUCGCCCUGAUGGAGACGGUCACCACCGCCAUAUUGGACGCUUUCCCGGCGUUAAGGAACUUUAAAGUAUGGGUAGUUCUAGCGUCGGCUGUUUUUGGUUACGCCGGAGGGAUUGUUUUCACCACCAACGCUGGAGUCUAUUGGUUGCAAUUAAUGGACAAAUACGCGGCGAACUGGUCGGUACUGUUGAUCGCUAUAUGCGAAUGCAUACUGGUCGGAUGGAUCUACGGUGCGGAUCGGUUUCUCGACGACGUGCAACUGAUGAUCGGGCCGCGUAGCCGACUUUGGAGGUUCUUCUGGACCUGGAUGUGGCGAGUCGUCACACCGGCGACGUUGUUCUUCAUUCUCGUUUUCAACUGGAUCGAAUACCAGCCGCUCACGUACGGUGGUUAUGUGUAUCCGAAAUGGGCGAACGUUGUCGGAUGGGUCAUCGGAAUGAUUCCCGUUCUGGUCAUCGUUGGCGUGACCCUGAAUCAAUUGAAAGAUCCACGUCGACGUUCCGCCUACGAUGACGACGACGAUGACGACGACGACCUGGACAACCGGCCAUCUUAUCAGAGACACAUCGAAGGUAGAACGAAGAAGAGAAAGGGGAAGAGAGUUUGGCGGCGGGCGAAGAUGCUGUUGCAACCGACGUCCGAUUGGGGACCAGCCGCCAGAAAUCCGUCGACGCCAUCAAGAACGCUCACUCACACACCAUCGCCAGGUCCGCCAGGUGGCUACGAUUCCGUACGAGACACCAUUGUCCUGGUGAACGGUCAACCGAUGAUGGUGCAGCCGUCGGGCUCGUCCGGUACCUCUCAGAAGCUACCCGGUCCGUCGAUCCUGAAGAACUCCAGUAAAACCGACCUGAUCACAUCUCAACAAGUCUGACACGAUGUUCAUUUCACCUCGAAAGAUGAGUCUGCCCAAGAAUCUAUCGCCAAAAACGC